UAUUCCAUUGGCUCCCCAUACUUUUCCUUUUUAUCUAGGUGUGAAAAAUUCCUUGCAUUAUUAAACUUACGCCUCUCAUUUUCCAGCAGUCUGCCACUAGCUCAAACUUUUAAAAAAAAAAGUAAAUAAAAAACUAACUAAAAAAAUUUAAAAAAAAAAAAAAACGAUAGACAAAAUUACCACGAAGACACACGGCUCACGCAGAGAGAGUUAAAAAAAGUUUUCAAAUAUACCCGCGAAAUUUCAAACGCAGAGAGAGGGGGCACAAGACGGAAAAAGCUUCCGAAACCAACAAUGUCAUCGUCGUUCCCCAGCUCCCAUGAACGAUCGGUUGCAUCUGCUCUUCUUCUGCUUCAAACCACUUCUCCGACUCUUUCCUUCUCCACUCCAAAGUCAAGCUCUGAUUCCAAAUAUUCGGUUCCAGAAGGAAGCAGAAGCAGAAGCAAGAGCUUUAGAGAUCGCUCGGUUUCGUGUGCUUCCGAUAGGAUUUUAGCUUCGGCUUCUUCGGUCACAAACGACAAUGGCGUUUCCUCCGGAGAAGAGGAAGAGGAGAAGCCGAUCAAACCGCGUUGCGUUUCCUUCCUCUCAGCCACCGCUCGUUACCAUCAGAUGAAGUUUAAGGUUGAUUUACGUGUUAUUCUCGUCAAUUUUCUCUUUCAGAUUUUGCUCUGUUUCGUUUUCUGUUCGGAUCCGUUUUCCUUUUGGAAUCAAGUUGCAGAACAAACAGUUCUGAUCAAUUGCUUUCGUUUUCCUCGAUUGAUUCCUGUUUUAGAAUUCCGUUUCGUUUUGUUUUUGGUGAAUCAAGAAGCGAAAGAAGUGCAGGUCAAUUGCUUUCGUUUUACUUUGUUUGAUGAACUUUUGAUUGUGAGGAAGAUCCGAUCGAAGGUCAUUUGGACAGCAUCAUGCUCCGGCCACCGGAAACCAAAAGCCAUUACGGCUUCGGAAGUAUCCUCCGGUUCUCUCUCUGGUGACGCCUCGUCGAGUUUGUCCAGCAGCUCGAGCGCACGAAGCUUGCGCUACGCUAACAGAGUCAGAAGCAAAAGUGUGAGGGUCGCUGCGAUUAGACACGAGGAGGAGCCGCCGCCGCCGCAGCAGCAGCAGCUGAAGCGCGAGAAGAACGCCCGGGGUUCGCCGCACCUUCGCCGGCGAGGGGAAGCAAUAUUGAAGCUUCUCACUGUCGGUGUUCUAUGA